AUGGUUUCUCCGUUGGUUCUGGUUUUGUCCGCUCUGACCGCCGUGUCAGCAGCUCCGACAUCUCUCGAAGGAAGACAAGCUGCUUUCGAGGUCACUGAGCAGCAGCCAUGGAACGCCGGAGGCAUUACCGAAUUUCGGGUUCAUCCCAGCUGCAAUGCCUCACAAGCUCAUCAGCUUCGUCAAGGUCUUGACGAGGCGGUGCAGCUCGCCCAACAUGCGAAAGAUCAUGUCAACCGCUGGGGAAGCAGCAGUGAGUUCUAUCGCAAGUACUUUGGAAAUUCACCAACAGCCGAAGUCAUCGGUGCUUUCGACAUCAUCGUGAAUGGGAACAAGGCAAAUGCUCUUUUCCGUUGCGAUGAUCCGGACGGGAACUGUGCGUCUAUGCCCACUUGGGCUGGUCACUGGCGCGGCGACAACGCAACCGAGGAGACAGUCAUUUGCCCUACAUCGUUCUUUGAGCGCCGGCCACUCUCUACACUCUGCGCGCGAGGCUACAAUGUCCGAGAACACUCCCGCUUGCUCUACUGGGCAUCCGACUUAUUACACCGUCUCUACCAUGUUCCCGCGUUCGGCCAGGAAUAUAUCGACCACUAUUCUGAGGGGUACGAGGGUAUCAUCGAAUCUGCUACCAGCAACAGCCCGAACAGCACGCAUGACUCUGAUGGGCUGCAGUACUUUGCUCUGGAUGUGUAUGCAUACGACAUCAUCCUCCCUGGUGAAGGAUGUCCCGGACCAAGCGGCCCGCCAAGCACAGAGACGAGCUCUUCUCAGACCGUCUCAUCGACAGAUGCUUCUUCGGCCACUGCUAGUGCGACUAGUACUACCACGGCUUCGAGCACGGAAACAGCUGCCUCGGAGACUGCCCUGCCAGAGAAUUGCCACACACACUCGGACGGAUCCGUUCAUUGUACGUAA